AUGAACAAUCAAAACGACUUCAAGUCAUCAUGGCUUCCAAAAGUCUUUAAACAUUCAGCCAAUACCUCACCAACGUCCACUUCUCCAAACGAACAAUCUUUACUCCUUCCCCAAUCAACCAAUGAAGGAGAAACGUACGAAAUCGAAGAAGAUGAUACCACCCCAGCUAAAAGAUGGAUUUCCGAGUUCCUCCUCUUAUUGCGAGGUUCCAUUCCUGUUAUCCUCGCAUAUGCAUUGCAGAAUUCUCUUCAAACAAUAUCAGUCCUGAUAGUUGGACGACUAAGUCCUGAAGCUCUAGCAACUGCGGCUUUUAGUUACAUGUUUGCCAUGUCUACAGCAUGGCUUAUCGCACUUGGUGGAAGUACUGCUCUAGAUACAUUGGCAUCAUCAUCAUUUACUGGAAGCAAGAAUCCACACGAUUUGGGAAUAUUGUUACAGAGGGGUUUCUUGAUUCUCACGGCUUUUUAUAUACCAGUUGCUAUAUUAUGGGCUUGUUCUGCACCGGUCUUUAGAUUUUUGGGACAGGAAGAAUAUAUUUGUUUGGAUAGUGCUAGGUUUUUGACGACGCUGAUUCCAGGUGGAUUGGGAUAUAUUUACUUCGAAGCUAUGAAGAAGUAUUUACAAGCGCAAGAAAUCAUGCGUCCAGGCACCUACGUUCUUCUCAUAACCUCGCCUAUCUCCGCUGGCCUGAAUUAUCUCUUCAUCCAUACACUCGACCUCGGACUUAUCGGCGCCCCUCUUGCCACAGGUCUCUCCUAUUGGCUCUCUUUCCUUCUCUUAGUCCUCUACUCCCAUUUCAUAACUGGACAUGAAUGCUGGGGCGGCUUCACUACAAAAUCCCUUCAUAAUCUAGGGACAUUUUCUCGUCUUGCUCUCCUAGGCAUCAUCCACGUCGGUACCGAAUGGUGGGCCUUUGAAAUAGUUGCCUUGGCUGCCGGUAGAUUAGGUACUAUUCCAUUAGCUGCUCAAAGUGUCAUAAUGACUACAGAUCAAGUGAUGAAUACGAUACCCUUCGGAAUUGGUGUGGCAGCUAGCUCACGAGUUGGCAACUUGCUAGGAGCGAGAAAUGCAAAAGGAGCAGCUAGAGCUGCAAAUGUCGCUGCUUGGUUGAGUAUGGUAAUGGGACUAGUAGUUUUAAUCAUCCUGAUGAGUCAUUAUUCCAAAUAG